GUGAGCUUGAAUAUUGAGAACAUAUAACUAACACUACAGAGGUGAGAUCUGAAAGUGUGGAUACACAAAAUAUAUUUAUAAAUAUAUAACAGAGAUAGAAAAGGUGAGAUGAGGAAGUCGGAGAAUAGCAGAAAGCAUGGGAUUGCACCACCGUGUGCUGCUUGCAAGCUUCUCAGGCGGAGAUGUGCAGAGGACUGUGUGUUUGCGCCUUAUUUUCCGGCAGACGAGCCCCACAAGUUUGCUAGUGUGCAUAAGGUCUUUGGUGCUAGCAAUGUCAACAAGAUGCUCCAGGAGUUGCCUGAACAUCAAAGAGGGGAUGCUGUGAGCUCAAUGGUAUACGAAGCUAAUGCUCGAAUAAGAGACCCGGUUUACGGUUGUGUGGGCGCCAUAUCAUCUCUACAGAACCAAAUCGACACUUUACAGACUCAACUAGCACUUGCACAGGCAGAGGUCGUGCAGAUGCGCAUGCGUCACUUCUCAUAUAAUUCGCCAGACAAUGCCUCCCCCUCUUCUAGGGACGGGCUUUCUUACCGGGCUGGGCCCCACUUUAACAUGGACAUGGACAUGGCUAGCAUGGAAGACUCGUUUUGGCACUAAAACACCUUGUCGUUUUUUCCUAAUAUUAUUUCUCUCACUUUUUGUGUGUCUCGUUUUUUUACUGUCUUUUGAUGGGCUCUCUUAUAACUAUAUUUAGUGUUUGUAUGAAUCGGCCUUGGUGGCACGAAACUUAGGUCUAGGUGAUAGGCUACAACCCAAUUAGAGUCUCCUACAAGAAUGUUAUCUAUGCAUUGCUCAUCUUAGUUGACUGGAUGAUGAUGAUGAUAAUGAUGAU